AUGGCGUCCCCAAAUUCUACCUCAACCAGCACUGAACCGCGUGUCAUUACCGGUUGGAAGCGAGUCGCUUGGCCAGUCCUUCGUGCACAGCCUCUAGAGAUGUCAGUUGCUAGCCUACCUGACUCUAUGAAAAAGAUGUCCCAAGCCAUUCUUCAACGGGCAAACACAAUCGCCGGAAAGCAUAGACUCCUGAAAGGCAUGGACGGCAUAACCCACUUCCAGAUGCGAGCGACCAAAGGAAAGAUGAACACCCUUGCUCUUCACCGGUACGGGGUGCUUCCAGAUCUCAAAGCCAACCCUGCUACCAUAUACAUCUCGGUAAUCGAUGAUUCGGACGAGACGCGAUGGCAUGAGGUCGUCGCCGAUAUCAAGAAGAUGCUUCAAGGGGAAGAAGGAUGGGGCCAUUUGAAUGUUCAUAUGGAGCAUAAUGAGAACUGGGCUGGACCUCUGUUCGACUAA